AUGAACACUCAACCAUCAACAUUAUCAAUAGAUAAUGACAACAUUCGUGCAGUGGACUGGGAAAGAGAAACUCAAUGUAAUAGACCUGUGCCUGGUAAUGAGAGAUCAACAGGCUUGAAUUUUAUGGAUUGUAGUCCUUCAGAAGAGCGUGAUCCUUUCAUGGUCGAUAAUGAGAGAUCAGUAGGAUUAAAUUCUAUGGACUGUGGUCCUUCAGAGGUAUAUAGACCUACAAUGGCUGUUAGUGAGAGAUCAGGAAGAUUGAAUUCCAUGUCUUCAUGUCGUAAAGGGGAAUUGAUUAUGUCUGGCACCUCUUCAUCCGAGACAGAUGUUGAAGUUGGUCAAAUUUUUUUGAGUAAGAUUGAUUUAAAAAUGAGAUUAUCUAUUUUGUACAUAAUCAAUAAUUUUGAAUAUAAGGUAAGGAAGUCAACUAAGUCUUUGUUCACUGUUAAAUGUAUAGAGGAUAAUUGUAAGUGGAUUCUUCAUGCGGUUAAAAUUCCAGAGUGUGACAUAUUUAAGAUCACGAAGCAUAUACGGUCGCACACAUGUUCUAUUGGAAUUUUAAAUCAUGACCAUAGACAAGCAACGGCUGCGGUAGUUGGUGAACUAAUCAAAGACAAGUUUACAGGCAUAGGAUGUGUUUAUAAACCUUGUCACAUCGUCAAGGAUAUGAGGAAAGAGUACGGCGUAAACAUAAGUUACGAUAAAGCGUGGCGUGCAAGGGAAACCGCUUAUGCUCUCGCCAGGGGUACUCCAGAAGAGUCGUACGUUGUUCUACAUGCAUAUGGUGAAGCGUUAAAGAUGGAGAAUCCAGGUACAAGGUUUGAAAUCGAACUUGAAAAUGAUGUCCAUUUAAAGUACAUGUUUAUGGCAUUAGGACCUUGUAUUAGAGGUUUUUCAAGUUGUCGGCCGGUGAUAAUUGUUGAUGGAUCGCAUCUGAAAGGAAAAUACAAAAGAACUAUGUUGGUCGGCGUCUCCAUGGAUGGCAACAACCAAGUUUACCCACUAGCAUAUGCCAUAGUGGACAAUGAAAUUGAUCGAGCUUGGAAGUGGUUUAUAUCAAACUUGAAGUGUGCCAUUAGAGAACCCUCUAACUUGGUGUUUGUGUCCGAUGGAACGGUAUCUAUUGGCAAUGCCAUUCGUGCAGUUUUUCCCACAGCAUUUCAUGGAUUGUGCACCUACCACCUAGAAAAUAAUGUUCUUCCCAACUUUAAGGACAACACGAUUGUUGGGAUGUUCAAGGAUGCAGCCAGGGCAUUUCGCAUGUCAGAGUUCCAAGCACACUGGGACCAACUACGUACUUUUUGA